CUCAACUCUGAAAAUAAAAAUAAGUUGUGACUUCCUGUUUUAGAAGAGUUUUUCUCAAAUUUACAGUUAAACUUUUUAGUAAAAAAAUAAGAAUUCAGUACCAGUAAAAUGUGUGAAAAAGUAAUUUUGAAAAAAUGUAUUUGUGGUUGUUCAUUGAGGAGUGGUAUAUUUUUUAUAGCAAUUUUCAACAUGAUAGUACACGGAAUUUUAACGUAUGUUUUUCUCUACAUGGCUAUAUUUGCCUAUUCAAAUAACUUUUUUGUCUGGUUGGUUGAGAAAUUACUAUAUCCUGAUGUCAGUAUAAAAGGAUUUCUAUUUACCAAUGCUGCAUUGUCAUUUCUCAUUACGAUUGUCUGCACAGAUCUUCUAUAUGGAGCAAUUAAGAAAAAAAUGUGGCAUCUUGUUCCCUACAUUGUUGUAACAUUCUUUUUGAUUGGUAUACGAAUUUUUAUGAUUUUCUGGUGCCUAUUUUCAAAUUCGGCAAUUCUUUGGAGAUGUAUUGUAACGAGUAGGUUUCGACAUAAUUUGCUUCCUCCAUGUACUCAGUUAUUACUUCCAAUUGGCUGAUAUGCCGACUGAAUCCAGUUCAUCUACCAACGUUUAAUCUGAAUAUACAUCUGAUCCUUUUCUAUACUCUUAUACGA